CAUUAAAAGCAGAAUGGACCCACCUAUUCGCCCCGUUUCAACCCGUUUCACGCGUCCCACCGGCCCGCCUUUAUCGGGAGAACCCAACGUCGUGCGCCAACUUGUCUUGAACUUCGAGGCCGCACGUACACCCAAUAAUACAUCAACCCUUAGGGCCAUCUACCGGAUCAUAACUCCCCGAUGUCUCGACGACCGCCGAAUCCCGCUGCCGAGCGGGCAGCUCAGAACCAACAGACUAUCAAGAACCUCCUAAAGCUCGAGCCCAACAAGGUGUGCGCCGACUGCAAGCGCAACAAACACCCACGAUGGGCGAGCUGGAACCUCGGUGUCUUCAUCUGCAUCCGCUGCUCAGGUAUCCAUCGCGGAAUGGGCACCCACAUCAGCCGCGUCAAGUCCGUGGACCUAGAUGCCUGGACCGAUGAGCAACUACAGAGCGUUCUCAACUGGGGCAAUGCGCGCGCAAAUAAGUACUGGGAAGCGAAGUUGGCGCCUGGCCAUGUUCCCUCGGAAGCCAAGAUUGAGAACUUCAUCCGCACCAAGUAUGAGCUAAAGCGAUGGGUGAUGGAUGGACCCAUGCCAGAUCCCGCGACUCUCGAUGCUGAGGGGGACGACGACGUGCCACUGAGCGUUGUUAAGGAGAAGCAAAAUGUGGAACGCCGGGAGUCUGUCCGUAAGGCAUCCGCCGGCCAGUCAGCGACACCCCAAGCCGAUCUCAUCGGAGGGGAUCCAAUCCUGGCUCCGGCGGCCCCCGCGCCGGCCCCUCUAAGAGCCAGCAGUACUGGGCCGACAGCAAUGCAAGUUCCCGCCAAGUCGAGCCCUGCUCCGCCCAAGGCGACCAGCACGAAAGACUCGCUCCUGGGACUCGACUUCCUGGGCACGCAGCCUGCCGCGCCGCCGCGCCCGGCAAGCACAACGGGCACACCUAGUGGCACCCAGUCACGCCCGGAUCUCAAACAAUCCAUCCUCUCGCUAUACGCGACGGCUCCCCGUCCACAACCCCAACCUGCUGCGCAACAAGCUUCCCACGCCCCAUCCGGAUCGUUGAGCGGAAUAUCUUCUCCGGCCGGCAUGAGUCAGGCGCAGGGCUCGUUGGGCGGGCUCAACGAUGCAUUUAGCAGCCUGAGCUUCAGCAGCGCGCCGUCUCCGAAACCCGCCCAAACCGAUGCCUUCUCCAGCCUUGGCUCUUUCACAUCCUCUCGCCCUGCACAGCAAUCGAGCGGCUCCACGUUCUCGGCAUUGAGCGGCGGCAGCUUCUUCGACUCCAAACCGGCAGCCUCCGCGCACCAGUCGAAACAGUCGAUCGGUAGCUCUUCUGGCUGGGGAUCGACUUCCCCUCCUGCUGCAGCUCCCAAGCCCGCUGCGGCACCUGCUUCGUCUGCUCUCGGCGACUUGUUCGACCUGUCCGCACCCUCCCCGCCAGCGGCCGCUUCGCAGCCGGCAGCAGCGCCGACAACGGCGAGCACCUCCUCGUCCAUCUUUAACCUCUCCGCAAAUCAGCCGAAAUCGAGUCCGCCCGCUACAUCCGCUACCGCCACGUCCAACCCUCUUGAUCCACUUGGAAGCAACGGCUGGGGAGGCUCUGACGUCUGGGGCGGCAAUGCCUGGGCUACCGCUGAAACAUCCAAGGCUUCUCCAGAGCCAGCGAAGCCGGCCCUGGGCGGCACGACGUCAAGUGACUGGGCCUCCCUUGCUAGUAAACCUAUCGUUCCUGGCGCAUCGGGAGGGUUUGUACCCAAGGUGGCGGCGGACGAGGAAUUCGGUGGGUGGACCAGCAGCACGACAGCCACAGACAGCACAAUCAAGCCAGCGGGCGGGCUCGCAGGUGCUGAUGAUCUGUUCUCGAAUGUUUGGGAGUAACCGUUCGGUCUGUUCAACGGGGAGAUGCACCUAAUUUUUCAAAACGUGUACCGGCUUGGUGCAUCUGAGCGACGGGUUGCCCCUUGUGUGUGGAUUGUGCAUCGCCGGAUCGAGACAAAGACGGAGGCCAGCGCUGCUUUUCCUG